AUGUCAUACAGAUGGUAUUGUGAAGGGAAAGAGCUUGAAAAUUCACCAUAUAUUCAGAUCAUCCAAUCAGGAGAGCUGCAUUCUCUAAUUAUUGUUGAAGCUUUUGAAGAAGACACUGGGCGCUACUCCUGCUUUGCGUCUAACAUCUAUGGGACAGACUCAACGUCCGCAGAGAUUUAUGUAGAAGGGGCCUCAUCUUCAGAAUCAGAAAGUGACAGUGGCAAAGAAGAAAUGGAUCGGUACCAAAACCAGACUAAGACCUCAUCCACUGCACCUCCUCCUGCUCCCCUUCCUCCCACUCCUCUUCUGGCUAAUUCUUCUGCAACCCAUCAAGAAUCCAUUCAACCACAACCUUUGAUGAAACUUCCUGUCUCAGUUCCUGUGUAUCAGAAUCAAAGCCCUACUAAUUAUUUACAAGGACUGGAUGGAAGACCCCUAAUAGCUGCUCCUGUGUUCACCAAGAUGCUACAAAAUAUAUCAGCCUCUGAGGGUCAGCUGGUCGUGUUUGAAUGUCGGGUGAAAGGAGCUCCUUCACCAAAAGUGGAGUGGUACAGAGAAGGGACAUUGAUAGAAGAUUCUCCAGACUUUAGAAUAUUACAGAAAAAACCUCGCUCCAUGGCUGAACCGGGGCCUGUGGACCAGACAAGUAAUGCUGCUCUUCAUGCCAUAAGUUCUCUCGGUCUAGUGGCUUCUGAACACCAACCUUUGGCGCCUACCCCUUCUCUUUCAUUGGUAGAUAACCCCACAAAACCUAAAUUGGAAAGCGUUCUGGUAAAUCACAAUGAGCCCCGGUCAAGUUCCAAAAUUGGCCUUCGUGUGCACUUUAAACUCCCUGAAGAUGAGAAGGGAAGUGAAACGUCAUCAGAAGAUGGAAGCGGACCUAAAAAUCAAGCCAGACCAAACAGUUUUCCAAAUAAAAUCAACGGACAGGCUUUUAAACUUCAGGAGCCCUCUUCACCCUCCAAAGAGCCACCCCCUGUCCUGGCUAAACCUAAACUGGAUGCCACCCAGUUAAAACAACUACACAGUCAGGUGUUGUUUGAGCAACAGCAAAUCCAUCAACCAUCUCAUCCAGUUCCACCAGAGUCAUUAUUCAAUACUGGCCCAGGAAAAUCUGCUACUUUGCCCAUUCAGCAUCAGCACCAGAAGCAACCUUCAUCGGCUACAUACAAGCAGAACAAGGUUCCUUCUACACAGACAUUCACAUACACCCGACCUAAACAGUUCCUGGCAUCUCAAAACACCUCAGCAGGCAGCAGCCCUUCUAGCUCCUCUGUGUCUUCGUUCAGCAACGUACCUCUAGGAACCCAGAAAACAACGAAGAAGGAAAACCUCUUCGCAUCUCCUCCACCAGCCCAAUCAAAAUCUCUGGAAGGUUUGACAAACCAAAUGGAGCAGCCUCUUCCAAGUCCCAGAGAACAUGUGUUGCCACCACUUCUUCUCUCUGUGUCUAACAUGAACCAGUUCCAUCCCCAAAAUGUGCUUCCUACACCUCUCUCUCCUACGGGUCGGAUUCAGAAUCCUGUAGCUUUCCUGAGUUCUGUUCUACCCGCGCUUCCUUCUACACCCCCAACAAAUGCCAUGGGGCUGCCUAAAUGUGCACCUGCCAUGGGAAGCCAUGGAAUGCUGAAGAAAAAUCUCAACCCUUCACAGUCAUCAACAGAGGAUGCCGCUGUUGCGAAAGGUUUAGAGAAACGGCUGCAUUUAUGGAAUGAUGAAUCUUUCCGCAGUCAACAGACAAGGAACACAAAACUAGAGGUGGCUUGGAAGCUCAUUCCUCAGCUUCAAACAGUACCACCAGAUAUUUUUUUGGAAACUUUCAUAGAAGGUAUCACCAAGGGGAAUAUGGAACCUCAGGAUAUCAGCCAUACAAGAAUUAUAGUCAUCAAUACAAGGUUACUUACAAUAGAUGUUUCUUUAAAAAUCCCCCAGGUAUAUUGGUUUAAGGAUGGCAAACAGAUUUCAAAGAAGAAUGGACAUUUCAAAAUGAUUCGAGAGGGGGAUGGAACUUGUUCUUUACAUAUUGAAACUACUACAAAUGAUGAUGAUGGAAACUAUACAUUCAUGGCUGCAAAUCCUCAGGGAAGAAUCAGCUGCUCUGGUCGUUUGAUGGUUCAGACUCCUUCACUGCGGGGUAGAUUAUCAACAACUAUCCAGUCUCACAGGGGAAGGUCCCGUGUAUCAGAAAGAGAUCGGGAACCUCUGCAGGAACGGUUUUUCCGGCCAUAUUUCCUGCAGGCACCUGGAGACAUGGUAGCCCAUGAAGGCCGGCUUUGCAGACUUGAUUGCAAGGUAAGUGGCUUACCACUGCCAGAUCUGAUGUGGCUCCGGAAUGGCAAGCCUGUGUUACCAGAUGCCACUCACAAAAUGCUGAUCAGAGAAAAUGGAGUACAUUCUUUACUUAUCGAUCCUCUCAGACAAAGUGAUGCUGGAAUCUACACUUGCAUAGCCACCAACAAAACAGGGCAAAAUUCCUUCAGCUUGGAACUGUCUGUUGUAGAAAAGGAAGUUAAAAAAGCCCCAGUGAUACUAGAGAGACUACAGAACUGUGGUGUGCCAGAAGGACAUCCUGUCCGAUUAGAAUGUAGGGUAAUUGGGAUGCCACCUCCAAUAUUCUUCUGGAAGAAGGACAAUGAAACCAUUCCUCCCCACAGGGAGAGGAUGAGUAUGCACCAAGAUGCUACAGGAUAUGUUUGCCUUUUGAUUCAGCCUGCCAAAAAAGUAGAUGCUGGUUGGUACACUUUGUCUGCAAAAAAUGAAGCCGGUAUUGUCUCUUGCACUGCUAGACUGGACAUAUACGCUCAGUGGCAUCAACAGAUAUCUCAGCCAAUCAAGUUUCGCUCAAGCAGCACCCGGUAUGCACAUCUCACAGGACAAGGACUCGACAUUUUCUCCGCUUUCUCCACUGUUGAGAAUCCAGCACGCUUUCCCUCUCCCUCCCGGCCUGUGGUAGAAAGUGAAGAACUGUAA